AUACGGUCAAAUGCUGAAGGUGGCACAAGCUAGAUCCUAUAAAAUUAGGGAUCUGCCCUGUUUGGUUGCACGUUAGCAUAGACAAAAAGCUAUUGAGCUCCACGCUACAAAACCUAUUUAAUUGUACGGUUCUACGAAAAAAAAAGAAAAGAGAAUAUUCUCCUUCAAACUUAAUAAUGGAUAAUAAUGGAUCAGUGGAAUAAUGCAAUAAUUUUAAUAUAUUUUCCAUACACCAUUCAGGUUUAACAUUAACCCUUUGCACACGACAUGUCAAUUGGAGUGUAAUGAAUAUUUUUUUAUCGUCGCAUGGAACCACAUAUCUUUUUCCUUAAUACAUUAUAUGGCGUUUAUUAAGACAAAUUCAACAACCUUGUAUAUGAAGUCGUUUGCUAUUGUAAAAUGUUAUAAAUUCAUCAGUUUCUAAGGAAUCAAGCCGAAGUUGCUAGCUAUUAUUUAUUAAGUUACUCUGAAUGCUGUAAACAAAUAUCAAAUUUCUUAUCUCCCAUGAUGCUUCUCAAAUUGAUAAACAUUACUGAAUCGUAAAAACUCAUUUUAGCAGACAUACUUUAGUCGAAGAGUUGGGAUAGUAAACAUGUGUAUGACAUUUUAUUUUGUUUGGUGUUUUGUUUGUUCUCUAUCAAAUGGGACGUCACACAUUGAGAUUGGUUAAUUCGUUAAGCCGUAAAUGAAUAAAAACCGUCCAAAAUCGAGCUAUUUUCAAUUGUCAAUUAUUCAUAUAAAAUUGAGAACGCGAAGUUGAAACUUUGUGAAAAUAUAGUCUUUGUCAUUCUUAAAAAAUGGGCAAAAUUUUAUCCACAUAUGUUUAUUAGCUUUUGCAAAAAGCUAUUUGACAAUUAAAAAGGAGUCUUUAUUGCACAUUCGUCAUCCCCACUAUGGAGGAGAGGUUCCUCUUUUUAGCUGGGUUAAAUUCUGUCAGGAUAAGAUUCGGUAAUAUAAAGUACCGAGAACUGUUAGAUCCAGUACCGAGCAUUCAGAUUUCAGAAAAUCCUUUAGGACUUUAUGACUUUAUGAUAUUUUGUUAUCAAGGAAAUGAAUAAUUAUCGACUCCUAAUAAACGAAUUUUUAUUAUUACGAACAGUUAUACAUACAUAUGUAGAAGAAAAAGUUGUUUAGAAUCAUGCUUCAGCUUAAAAGCUGAAUAUCCACUGGCAAGCUAAGCCAAGGGCAUUUGUUUCAAUGUAUUUAUAUGAUAUAUUUAUAUGGAAUCGUUUCCAUUGACAAGCUAAACUGCCAGCUACUUGAAAAAUAGACUCCAUACAAAUACCAUUACUUAUGUCUACAUCUAUAUCUACGAAGUGCCUCGAAGGCCCAUUUAUCUCGAAUUAGCACAGGAUUGUUUCGUGAACAAUUUUUCGGAAACCUCACAGAGACUCACUUUCCGUAUCUCUGGUCCAUGCAAGCAUCGGCCAAUCGCCACACUGUUGUUCCUGCUUAUUAGUUAUCAAUUUAUAAACUUGUUACGAUUAACAAUUGAAACAGUGACGCGAGUAAUGUGACACGGUAGCGACUUUUUUUUCAAGAUAUAUAUCUCCUUCGAACAGGUAAGGCAAUGCUAAUGCAACAAUGAAACUUUAUUUUUGAUUUUUUGUUAAUAAAAAUUUCGUUGACACAUUAGUGAGACCUCUUUGAUCAAAAUGAGAUUAAACACGAUAUUGUUAUAAAUUUCUGUUAUGUUGUGCUUAUGAAUCUUCUUAGUUACUAUCUAGUAUUUGUCGCUGCACAAUAUCCAGUUACUUUCUACCAUCCUAUUAGGACAUAGGCUGGGAACUUAAGCCUUAGGUGUCAUUAUUUUUAACGUUAAGCAUAUAAACAGAAAACAGUCGCUGGAUACCUCGGAAGUGCCUCGAAAGGAGAGCUGUUGAUCCCCAAUUUUAUAAGUUCUUGUAUAUGUUAACAGCGUGUCACCUUCACUUGAUAAUAUCAGUAUUAUUACUCGACUGUGAUCGAAAAUUGACAUUUCGUUAAGAACAGUUUAUCUCUAUUGAACUUUUAAUUAUUACACAUUAUUACUUAUUAUAUAAUUAUUGCCGCAUGUUAAAAAGUAAAUAAUAUCAUAUUUUUAGUGAUUUAUAAGAAAGUUUGGCUUGCUUGCUCGUUGGUUUAAGUUGCUAUAUUCAAGUCACUUGUACUCGACUUCACAAAUUACGAAAAUGGCGGAAGUAAAAUCACGUCGCGUCGCACAAACAGAAGAUUUAUCAAACGUUGAGUUUGAAACAAGCGAAGAUGUGGAGGUUAUUCCAACGUUCGAUAAUAUGGGACUUAGAGAUGAGUUAUUACGUGGAAUAUACGCUUACGGUUUCGAAAAGCCGUCCGCGAUUCAACAGCGGUCUAUUAAACCGAUAAUGAAAGGACGAGAUGUGAUUGCACAAGCCCAGUCUGGUACAGGAAAAACGGCAACAUUUUCAAUUGCUAUACUACAAUCAUUGGACACACAAGUUAGAGAAACACAAGUAUUGGUGUUAUCACCUACAAGGGAAUUAGCAACUCAGAUACAGAAAGUUAUUCUGGCUUUAGGGGAUUUUAUGAAUGUUCAAUGUCAUGCUUGUAUAGGUGGUACAAAUCUUGGAGAAGAUAUCAGAAAAUUAGAUUAUGGACAGCAUGUUGUAUCAGGCACACCUGGCAGAGUAUUUGAUAUGAUAAAAAGAAGAGUUCUUAGAACUAGAGCCAUAAAAAUGUUAGUUCUUGAUGAAUCUGAUGAAAUGUUAAAUAAGGGUUUCAAGGAACAGAUUUAUGAUGUAUAUAGAUAUUUGCCACCUGCAACACAAGUUGUGUUGGUAUCUGCAACAUUGCCGCAUGAAAUUCUUGAAAUGACCAGUAAAUUUAUGACAGAUCCUAUUCGUAUUCUUGUAAAACGUGAUGAACUGACACUGGAGGGGAUAAAACAGUUCUUUGUCGCUGUUGAAAGAGAAGAAUGGAAAUUUGACACACUAUGUGAUUUAUAUGAUACACUGACAAUAACACAAGCAGUAAUCUUUUGUAAUACUAAACGUAAAGUAGAUUGGUUAACUGAAAAGAUGAGGGAGGCUAAUUUCACAGUUUGCUCCAUGCAUGGUGAUAUGCCACAGAAGGAAAGAGAUAACAUAAUGAAAGAAUUUCGAUCUGGUCAAAGUCGUGUUCUGAUUACUACUGAUGUGUGGGCACGAGGAAUAGACGUCCAGCAGGUAUCUCUUGUGAUCAAUUAUGAUUUGCCCAACAAUCGUGAGUUGUAUAUUCAUAGAAUAGGAAGAUCGGGACGUUUCGGAAGAAAAGGUGUUUCCAUCAAUUUCGUAAAAACCGACGACAUAAGGAUUCUUCGAGAUAUUGAACAAUAUUAUUCAACACAAAUUGAUGAGAUGCCUAUGAAUGUAGCAGACUUAAUAUAAUUUUAAUGUUCAGGACUUACUCUGAGAAUUUAACAGGAAAGAAUUAUUUUUACCUACGAAUAUAUCUGUAAAUUAUAUUUCCAAAGCGUUUGUUUGGAAACAGUCAUUCGAAAUUACACUACACAUCUACAAAACUAAGAUUUGUAAAGCUUAAAAGAAGUUUUAAUUAUCGCACCUACGUAUUUAAUUUCUAAACAUUCUGUGAAAAAAUGUAUCUACAAAUAAUUUUAUAGGACAUAAUAAAUUUCUGAUAAAAAUA